UGACAUUAGAAAUAGAUAAGAGGUGUUGCAGAAGUUUGUUUUGGUAGAGCAUCAAACAUAAUAUACUUUGCAGAGCAUAGAAGGCCCCAUUAGUCACAAUUCAAGGGUGGGAACAGACUGCACAAGCAAACUAAUAUCCCUUUUGCAGCCUGCAGGUAUAUUUUGAAAAGUAUUUAUAUAGCCCCGGACCAGGUACUCAUUUUUUCCCAACAUGUCACUUACUUGCUAAUUAUCACAUCGAAGACCAAAUAUGUAUCAAGGAAGGAGUAUACACACUUCCACAAGGAUGUCAGUUCCUCCAGAAAGGCAUUUAUUCCUGCAAGGUGGGAAUGGCCAUGGAGACUCAAGACUUGUUCUUUCAACCGAUGCCAAGCCAAGAUUGAAGUGGACAACUGACCUCCAUGAGCGGUUUAUAGAAGCAGUUAAUCAACUUGGUGGAGCAGACAAAGCCACUCCAAAGUCUGUUUUGAAGCUAAUGGGAAUUCAGGGAUUAACGUUAUACCAUUUAAAGAGUCAUCUUCAGAAAUACAGGCUAAGCAAGAAUCUUCACCUGCAAGCCAAUAGUGGAUCCAGUAAAACAACAAUAGGAGGAGGCUCGGGAGAAGACAAGAUAAUGGAUGCAAAUGAAAAUCAUGUGAAUAAUGUGAGCAAUGGGCCUCAAACAAAUAAAAACAUACACAUAAGUGAAGCCAUACGGAUGCAAAUUGAAGUCCAACGAAGGUUACAUGAACAGCUUGAGGUACAACGACAUUUACAGCUUAGGAUAGAGGCUCAAGGAAAAUACUUACAGGCUGUUCUGGAGAAAGCACAAGAAACCAUUGGGAGACAGAACUUGGGAAUAGAUGCAGCCAGGGUUCAGCUCUCAGAGCUGGUAUCCAAUGCGCCCAACCAAUGCCUUGACUCGGCAUUUCAAGAAGCUAAAGAAAUACCGGGGUUUAGCCGACCUCAAGUACGAGCAGCCCAACCAACAGAUUGUUCACUAGACAGCUGUUUGACCUCCUGUGAAGGAUCUUCCAGAGAGCAUGAAAUGAACCAUAACCAGUUGGUAUUGGGGCCUCUAAACUUCAGAUCGUACAUGGAGUCUAAGGAAACUGAAAAUGAAACGAGGAGACCGCAAACCCAACUGGCAUGGAGCAAUGACCCGAAAGAAUCCCGCAACUUCACUCCCAUAAUGGAUGAAGCCGUUGAAACCAGGUGCAAUAACCUAUCAAUGAGCGUCGGACUUCAAGAAGGAAGAUGGAAUUGCAAGAACAGCUACGAAUCCGAUGCCACCGCAACUGCAGAUGCUGGUGCCAAACUCUAUUCGCAGUCAGCUGAUAGAUACGACUCAACUAAAACCGAGAAACAGAGGAUGCCACAGGAGUAUAAACAGCCCAAUUUAGGAUCAAAACUGGACCUGAACGCAGACGAUGAAGUCGAUGUUGCUUCGAGUUGCAAACAAUUUGACCUAAAUGGCUUGUGUUGGAGCUAAGCGGCACCGUUUCCACGAAAUGGAGAAAACCCUAGAUAGUGUUCUCGUUUCAGAGAUCAAUCAAUAAUGUAUUUCAAUUCAAUACUAGCCCAUCUGAUAGAAUCGAAUUAUGUUGUAGUUCGUGACUAAGAACAAUCUGGAGGUAUCCCAUUUUCGACAAGCUGUGUUGACUGACUGUGCUCUCUAAAUGAAACUAACGGAAACACGUUAACACUACAGCUGAAAUUUAACCCUUCCAUCUCUAAUCGCUCAAAUUUAUGGAACCGAUUGAAUAUGCGCUGCAAUGAAUAAAAGAUCGUUUACAGGGCCACUCCCAUCCGGCCGGUCCGAUUGAGUUGGUCCCUGAUAUCGAUCAACUCGAACAGGAGGUGCUCACUCUUCUGGGCGCUAAUCAAAAGACGAGCAUCGCCACGCUUUGCGCAGUGCAGCAACAAACGGACCUGAUGUUCAGUUUUGACAGCCAUGCACGUAUGCAGAUGCUACAGUAUAAAACUGUUCAAAGUGCCGUUUGGAUGAAAUGAAAGGCUCGAAAUCAAAUCAAACAUAUCUUUGUACCACUCUUAUACCCGCUUUUGUAAUCACCUAUGUUUGUGAAAUGUUUUUUUUGUCUGACAAUACUUUGCAUAGACAAAAUAUUGUUUGUGAAUCAGGUGCACGGACAAAAAAAAACAUUCACAAACACGGUGGGUAUAAGGUGGCUAUAAGAAUGGGUACAUCAAGUAUUGUUGCAAAUCAAAUAGUACCCCCUCCCGAAAUUCACUUCAUA